AUGAAGAAGUUUUUCGAUUCCCGACGUGAGCAGGGCUGCUCUGGCCUGGGCUCUGGAUCCAGCGGAGGAGCGGGCAGCACUUCGGGCCUGGGCAGUGGCUACAUCGGAAGAGUCUUUGGCAUCGGGCGACAGCAGGUCACUGUGGACGAGGUGUUGGCGGAAGGGGGAUUUGCUAUUGUGUUUCUGGUGAGGACAAGCAGUGGAAUGAAGUGUGCCUUGAAACGCAUGUUUGUCAACAAUGAGCAUGAUCUCCAAGUGUGCAAGAGAGAAAUCCAGAUAAUGAGGGAUCUGUCAGGGCACAAGAAUAUUGUGGGUUACAUUGACUCAAGUAUCAACAAUGUGAGUAGCAGUGAUGUAUGGGAAGUUCUUAUACUGAUGGACUUCUGUAGGGGAGGCCAGGUGGUAAACCUCAUGAAUCAACGCCUGCAAACAGGUUUUACAGAGAAUGAAGUGCUACAGAUAUUUUGUGAUACCUGUGAAGCUGUUGCCCGCUUGCAUCAAUGCAAAACUCCUAUUAUUCACCGAGACCUGAAGGUUGAAAAUAUCCUGUUGCAUGACCGAGGCCACUAUGUCCUAUGUGACUUUGGAAGUGCCACCAACAAAUUCCAGAAUCCACAAACCGAGGGAGUCAAUGCAGUAGAAGAUGAGAUUAAGAAAUAUACCACACUGUCCUACCGAGCACCAGAAAUGGUUAACCUGUACAGCGGCAAAAUCAUCACUACAAAGGCAGACAUUUGGGCUCUUGGAUGCUUAUUGUAUAAACUGUGUUACUUCACUUUGCCCUUUGGUGAGAGUCAGGUGGCAAUUUGUGAUGGAAACUUCACAAUUCCUGAUAAUUCCCGAUAUUCCCAGGAUAUGCACUGCCUAAUAAGGUAUAUGUUGGAACCAGACCCUGACAAAAGGCCUGAUAUUUACCAGGUCUCCUACUUCUCAUUUAAACUACUCAAGAGAGAAUGUCCAAUUCCAAAUGUACAGAAUUCUCCCAUUCCUGCAAAGCUUCCUGAACCAGUAAAAGCCAGUGAGGCAGCUGCAAAAAAGACCCAACCAAAGGCCAGAUUGACAGAUCCCAUUCCCACCACAGAAACUUCAAUUGCACCCCGCCAGAGGCCUAAAGCUGGGCAGACUCAGCCAAACCCAGGAAUCCUUCCCAUCCAGCCAGCCUUGACACCUCGGAAGAGAGCCACCGUUCAGCCUCCACCUCAAGUGACAGGACCCAGCAGUCAGCCGGGCCUUUUAGCUGCUGUUCCUCAACCAAAAACCCAACCCCAGCCCAGCCAACCUCUGCCGCAACCCCAGCCCAAGCCGCCACAAGCUCCUCCAACCCCUCAGCAGACCCCUUCUACUCAGGCUCAGGGUCUGCCUACCCAGGUCCAGGCUACACCCCAACACCAGCAGCAGCUCUUCCUCAAGCAGCAGCAACAGCAGCCGCAGCCGCAGCCGCAGCCGCCACCAACACAACAGCCAGCAGGCACAUUUUAUCAGCAGCAGCAACAGUCGCAGCCGCAGCCGCAGCCGCAAUCACAGCCGCAGCAGCCACAGGUGCAGCAGGCAGCAACCCAGCAACCAGUGAUUGCUCAGUUCCCAGUGGUGGCCCAAGGAGGCUCUCAACAGCAGCUUAUACAGAAUUUCUAUCAGCAACAGCAGCAGCAGCUGGCCACAGCCCUGCAUCAGCAACAGCUAAUGACUCAGCAGGCUGCCCUGAAACAAAAGAUUGCUGUGACAGCAGUACAACAGCCCCUGGUUCAGCCAGCCACCUCACAACCAGCCCCUGCCCAGGAACCAACAAUUCAAGCCCCCAUAAGACAACAGCCAAAGGUUCAGACAACCCCACCUCCUGCUAUCCAGGGACAGAAGCUCGGAUCUCUCACUCCUCCGUCAUCUCCCAAGACCCAGCGGGCUGGUCACAGGCGAAUUCUUAGUGAUGUAACCCACAGUGCCGUCUUUGGAGUUCCUGCUAGCAAAUCAACUCAGCUCCUCCAGGCAGCUGCAGCUGAAGCCAGUCUCAAUAAGUCCAAGUCUGCAACCACUACCCCAUCAGGCUCUCCUCGGACCUCCCAGCAAAAUGUUUAUAAUCCUUCAGAAGGUUCUACGUGGAAUCCCUUCGAUGAUGACAAUUUCUCCAAACUCACAGCUGAAGAACUACUAAACAAGGACUUUGCAAAGCUGGGAGAAGGCAAACAUCCUGAGAAACUUGGUGGCUCAGCAGAGAGUUUGAUCCAAAGCUUUCAACCAACUGCAAGAGAUGCUUUUACAGCUUCCUCAUUUCCUGCCCCAACUGCUGAAAAAAGGAAGGGUGGGAAGUCUGUGGAUUCUAACUUGCCAUUCCUAAGUGUUUCUGAUCCUUUCAUUCCUCUUCAAGUACUUGAAUCACCAGAAAAACUUAUUGAAGGACUCAAAUCUCCUGACACCUCUCUUCUGCUCCCUGACCUUUUGCCUAUGACAGAUCCUUUUGGUAGCACUUCUGAUACUAUAAUUGAAAAAGCUGAUGCUGCUGUUGAAAGUCUCAUACCAGGACUGGAGCCUCCGGUGCCCCAGCGCCUCCCAUCUCAGACGGAAUCCGUCACCUCCAACCGCACAGAUUCUCUCACUGGUGAAGAUUCCCUUCUUGAUUCCUCUCUGCUUUCUAACCCUACCACUGAUCUUCUGGAAGAGUUUGCCCCUAUAGCGAUCUCUGCCCCAGCCCAUAAAGCUGCAGAAGAUAGUAAUCUCAUCUCAGGUUUUGAUGUCCUUGAGGGCUCGGACAAAGUGGCAGAAGAUGAAUUUGAUCCCAUUCCUGUAUUGAUAACCAAAAAUCCACAAGGUGGGCACUCUAGAAACAGCAGUGGGAGCUCUGAGUCCAGUCUUCCCAGCCUAGCCAGGUCUUUACUGCUGGUGGAUCAGCUCAUAGACCUGUAG